AGUUUUGGAGCCCUAAUUCCCUUGCUUUGUCAGGGCUCGGGAGCUUCUCUCACCUCCUCUCUCCUCUCUCCUCUCUUCCUUGACCCGUUAAACAGCCAUCGAACGACCAAGCAAACCUCAAAGGAUCUACUCUCUCUCUCUCUCUCUGAGAUCAGAUGUUCAAACCCAUGUAUGGCGACAGACCGUAACAGAGAUUUAAUCAGAACCUCCUCAAAAUCUCAACUUUCAGAUACCCAUUUCAGGCCCCACCCUAAUUACCCAAUCCCAUUUCCAUGGCUACCGAGGCCACCCCGAAAUUCCAAAACCGUGACUUCAGACCCGUCCCGCCGCCGCCGGAGUUCCACCAGCCUGAUAUGACCGUCUCGUCCUCCCACGACGGCCUCUAUUUCUGGCAGUUCAUGAUCGCCGGCUCAAUCGCAGGCUCCGUCGAGCACAUGGCCAUGUUCCCGGUCGACACCGUGAAGACCCGCAUGCAGGCCCUCGGGUCGUGCCCGAUUAAGUCGGUGGGCGUCCGGCACGCCCUCCGAUGCAUCCUGAAAUCCGAUGGCCCCGCCGGGUUCUACCGCGGAAUCGCCGCCAUGGGUCUUGGCGCAGGCCCGGCCCACGCCGUGUACUUCUCGGUAUACGAAGUCUGCAAGGAGUUCUUCUCGGGCGGGAACCCGAACAAUUCGGGCGCCCACGCGAUUUCGGGUGUGUUCGCGACGGUGGCCAGCGACGCCGUAUUUACGCCGAUGGAUAUGGUGAAGCAGAGACUGCAGUUGAGCGGUGGAACCUAUGGAGGGGUUUGGGAUUGCGUGAAGAGGGUUUUGAGGGAAGAGGGUUUUGGGGCUUUUUAUGCAUCAUAUAGGACUACAGUUUUGAUGAAUGCGCCGUUUACGGCGGUUCAUUUCGCGACUUAUGAGGCGGCGAAGACGGGAUUGAUGGAGAUUUCGCCGGAGAACGCGAGUGAUGAGCGGUGGGUGGUUCAUGCGACUGCCGGGGCAGCGGCCGGAGCACUGGCGGCUGCGGUGACGACGCCGCUUGACGUGGUGAAGACUCAGUUACAGUGCCAGGGUGUUUGUGGCUGUGAUAGAUUUAGUAGUGGAUCAAUAAGGGAUGUGAUUAAAACAAUAGUGAAGAAGGAUGGGUACAGGGGGCUCAUAAGGGGAUGGAUUCCAAGAAUGCUCUUCCAUUCCCCUGCUGCUGCAAUCUGUUGGUCCACAUAUGAAGCUUCCAAAGCCUUUUUUCAAGAACUCAAUGGCAACAAAGACAGUGGCAGUGUCACUUGAGAGAACACGACGAAAGAUAACAUUAUUUUUCCACUGAUGGAUUACAGAUGCACCUUUGUAACUGACAGUGAGAAGUUUACUUCACGAGAAUGGAGAAAAUAAGCAUCUUUCGAACACGACCAUGGUCGGUUUUUAUUAGAUUUAGUCAGAUCAGUUGGUCACAUAAGAGUUAAUUUGUACUUUAAGCUUUAUUUCCCAUAUAAUUAUAUAAAUGAAUGUUGUUAGAGUUGUUUCCUUGCUAAAUUUUCUGUUUAAUUGAACCCCUUUAAUCCAUUCCAAAUAUGGUGAUUUGGGAUUCAGGGGUAUCAGAAAAUUUUAAAUUUUGAUUUUAGUGGUAAAGGAGACUAGGUAAUGCUGUUUUAUGGUCUUUGCUGUUGUUAUUUGUAAUUUUUUAUAGUUUUUUUGUUUUGUUCAAUAGGAUAGGAAGCUGCUUUGCUUCUUUUUAGGGUUUUUGUUAAAUGAAACCCUUUAUUUUGGGGUUUGCAAGAUCAUGUAGCAGUUCCAUUUAGUCUGAUUUUAUUUGAAUUCAAGUUGUUUAAAUAAUUUAUGCGCCUUUCAUCGUA